CGGUCGAUUUAUUAAAAAUGGUCGCUUAUACCCCGGUGUGUGAUGUGUUGUUUUUCCAUCAUGUCCUACACAUUGUUUAAGUCGUCACAUUGUCGGUUUUUAAACUGAAUUAGGAAUAAUAGUUAUAAAAUAUACAACCAGACAUUUUUUUAGCUGGAAUAAAAUGGACAGAUGUGAUUUAUAGAUGGCAGACGACACUUUAUUUGUUGGGGAUGUUGUAUGUCUGUACUCGGCGGAGUCGUACGGUUUCGUCUUUUCAUCUCAGAGCAGUUCUGUACACAAUGGAGUGGCUGUGGGAUCCAGACAGGAUAAGCACAAUCCGAACAUGAAGGACCAGAACUUGCUGUCAUUUGAGAUAUGUGUUGCCAAUCGAUACAAAUUGAACAAAAAGGCUCGGGAACUCCAGUCUAGGAUAGAUGAAAGGCCCGAUGACUAUACACUGCGAAGUCGAUUUCACCAGGCUCAGCUUGCAGCAAAGGCUGAGACGGAGGACAACGAUUUAGAACAGAAACGACAGCAAGGCAAGAAAUUACUCUAUGGACAGGUUAUACAGCUGAAGCACAGAUUUACUCUGAAAUACAUACAUGUCAGUACAUCAGCAACCUCUCCAACGGAAGGUAAAAACAUGGCGGUUGUCCUGCACCCAUAUAAUGCAAAACAUGCCCAGUUCAAGAUUAUGCCAAGGUACAAGGUCAAGGCCGAGGGUGACGUGGUACAAGAAGGUGAUCAGCUGGUGUUUGAGAGCGUGAAAUCCCGGGGACAAUAUCUCCAUGUGUCCAAAACAUUGUUUGGUGGACAAUCAGUAUAUCAGAAAAGCUAUGAGCUAAACUUAUCAGUACAACAGUCAGGCUUUGCAAUUUAUCGAAAAUAUAGGGCUUCACCUGAAGAUGAGAAAAAAGUUAAGAUUGGAAAUAUGGUGAGAUUUUAUCACAAAGAGAUGGAAGCGUAUUUGGUGGCAGAGGGACUCUUCGAUUAUGAUAUUACAGAAGAUGUGCAUCUCAGAUGCCGGCCUGUAGAACCAUCGAACCCCAAGAGUAUGUUACCAAGCUCGUCUGCUAUUACAUUCUGGCAGAUUGAGCUACAGGAAGGGUGUGUAGCUGGUGGGAUUUUACAUUUCGAACAACAGUGUAAAUUGUUGCACAUGUGUACCAGAAAAUAUCUAUGUGUGGAAACGAAUAAGCAAAGUAACGUGGAAGGUAAAUACAAAGUGAACUUGACCUCAGACCACCUGGACCCUAAAUCUGUCUUCAGAUUACACCCAGUGAACAAGGAUAGUGACGAUAUACCUGAAGGCAGUCACUGUAGAAUAGAACAUGUUGUAUCAGGACAGUGGUUACAUGCUUCUACAGCUGAAUACAUAAGGAAUCAAGUGAAAGCUUUGAAUAAAGAGAGCAGAUCUUUGGGUUCGCUGAAAUGGAGCACAGCUCACAUGAGAAAGAUUACAGUUGCAGACGAACAACAAUAUGAUGAUGCAUUUACGAUACAGACAGUAGACCCUGCUUUGGAGAAUAUCUUCAGUUUCAUGGCAGGGAUGGUGCCAUUUUUACAGAAACUUCUACAAGACAAAAAGGAUGACGUUCAAUUUGAUAAAGAGAUGUCACUUGACGCAACAACGGCUUUGACCGAGAUGUGUGAGUUUAUGAUGGUAGAUAGGGAACCAAUCAAACAGAGGCAGAAACUAAUGAGAAACCUCAGGAUUGUAGAACUUCUUGUCAAUUUGCUCAAAUGUCCACUAACGGCACAUAAUCACUACUACAUGUCUGGUAUUUUCCGUGUUGUCUACAAAGUCCUUCACACCUACUUGUUGGGACGGUCACGAAAGAACAAACUUUACAUUGCAAGAUACAUAGAUUUCUUCCGGACACAGUUUGAGAUCAAAGAGGGAGAUGCUGGCUUGAAUGCUGUGCACGUGGUUAUGGAGUCUCUACGAGAUAAUAGGAAAAUUGUUGACUUGAUAACAGAGGACCACAUAAAUAAAUUUGUUGAGCUUUUACUGCUCGAAAAGAACUAUCGCUACCUUGACCUGCUUAGUGUUCUAUGUGUCUGUGCGGGCGUAUCUAUUUCCAUCAACCAGAAUCUUAUCACCAACUCCUGGUUGAUCACAAAUAGAUUGAAAUGUGUGUUUCAAACAAAAUUGGAGAAGACUUCUGGCUCUGAUCGCAAGGUGUACGUGUCAACAAACAACGGGCAGUCUUGGAUAGAUCUCGUCACGUUUUCGGGCAGAAAUAGGGAAUCAGAGGAGUACCUGUUUUUCGAGAGCCAGUUGAAACUGUUUGGAUAUCUUGCACGGGGGCAGAAUGACAUUGCAAUAUCUGUGAUCACCAAGGACUAUCUCACAUGGAAGGAACUAUUUGCAUGCCUUAGUGAUGAACAGCUACCAGAACAGCUUCGCGCCAUGUGCUGCGAUCUCAUCAUAACGCUGUUUGUUGAUAUCGCUGGAAACCGCUCAGUUUUGGAUAGAGUAAAGCUGUGUUAUGUUUUCGACGAGAUAAAAAAUGAUGAGGAAUCGGAAGUUCUCGUGCAGAACACUGACUCAGAAACAUACAAACACUUUCCUAAACUCAGCAGAUGGAUAGCAGACUUCUUGAGCAAAAAUACAGAAAUGACAGCUUCGAAUAUUGGAAACAAUAUCCUCAUCAAACAGGUAUUGAGACUAGUGUAUUGCCUGGUAUCAUUUGGAUUCUACAGAAAGCGCGGCGACAUCAAGAAACUCCUGGGCCCCCUCAUGUUACUACUGGAUGGACGACAUGACAAACCUUAUCCAAAUGUAGAAGGAAAAGAGACUCAAGAGAUUCUGGUUGUGUUCCGUCAGUCACAGAGAUUCAAACCCAGUCCUGAAACCAAGGCCAUAGUGGAAGCCAAAGUCCAAGCUCUUGAAGUGCUGGAUCUGUUCUUCAACUUUAGGUUUAACAAUAGGUUGGAAAAAUUCAUCUACCUGUUCAAAACUAUACAUCGGCAAAUUAACAAGCCUAAAGGAUUUUCAGAGUUAGCUCCCCUGAUGAACGAGUCUUUCGAAUUGGAGCAAUUUGCUGGACUUGCAAAGAAAGCGAAGAAGAAAAUGGCGGAUAUAUUUGACUCAACAGCUUUUAUGAGACAGUUCAAUCUUGUUGAUAUUCUACUGGACUUGUCACAAUAUGAGUAUGAUGAUAUCGUUAGGAAGUCAAUGCAUCUACUCAACAGAUGGUUCUCUGCGUAUCAAAACCUGUUCAAAAGAGCUGUUCUCACACAGAUUUUGAUAACCGAUGAAUCAGUGGAGGUUUACAAACGAACAGAGCUUCUAAUGCCCGAACUACGAAGACUAGCUGCAUACAGAAUGGGAGAGAUUGAAGCCGAUCAUGUGAUCACAAUUCUCACGGAACUUUUAAGUUUCUGUCAUCUACCUGGUGAAGAGGAAGAACCACAUCCAACAAACCAGAAUAUACUCUACAACUGCGGAAUCAUUGAAUGCAUGUUCAUAUUCCUGUCAAAAGAAAUAGAUGUAAAAAUUUUGGACCAUUACGUAGACUUGCGUAGAGUAUUUGAAAUUUCAUUUGUGUUGCUGAAAAUGCUUGCGAGGAGUAAUCAGGUCAUUCAACACAGACUGUACGACAGACUUGAUCUGAUAUUGUCAAAGAGAGGUGGUUUCGUACAAAUGGCUGAGCUUGUUACAGAGAUUUUCACUGAAAAUACCCAGACUUGUAUGAAGGUAACAGAACAUCAAAUACAGAAAAUCAUGUCUCUCAUUACCACUCAUCGUAAAGCUGUCCCUCAGUUCGUUGGGAUCUUGAAAGCCGUGAUCAAAGCAGAUGAUCUAGAUUUGCCUAUAAAACGUAAUCAAAGUAUGGUGAUGACUAACUUUAUGCAGCACAGUUCUGAUGUUGCCCCUGCAAUUGACAAGGGUGAAAGAUCAAGACUGGCAUUAUUUGAGUCUAGUGACACACACGAACUCCACAUUUUCAUUUCUGUCGUGGACCUACUUGCAACAUGUGCUGAGGGAGAAAACAAAUUUAUAGAGUCGAUCUGCCAGACUAUCUUCAAGAUUCCAGAACUCUUUAAAGUGCUCAAUAAUCCAAACAUUAGCGACAAUUUGAAGAGACCCUAUCUAACGUUCUUCCUCGGCUCGUACCUGAAUACGGUGAACAGGAUGAUCGGAAGUGGAGCGGGUGAUAUUCAUCAUGACACUGCAACAUGGGAAUACGUAACUAAUGUCAACGAAACCAUAGUUAAGGUGACGGUGUACGUGAAUAGCAAUCGUGAUCAAGUUGGAAAACUACUGAAGAAACCACCGGGGAAUGGCAUAACUGAUAGAAAUGAAAUGGAGCAGAUGAGGGGAUCUUUGCACUACCUGUUUAGUGCUGUCAUGCCCUUUUUACAAGUUUUCUGCACAAGUUAUUAUGAGAAUGAUCAAGUAAACUAUCCAGCAGAAGUGGUAAAAAUGAAAGCUCUUUCCGAAAGUUUCAAGUCUUUCUUUGAGGAGAUUGUACCCCUUGUUUCCAACGAGAAACAGUUGGAGAAGCUAAUCACUUGCAUGAGUAUUUUAUUCUCAACAAAUACUUUAGCAUCUGUGGACAUGGACACAUUCCAGCAGAAGUAUGGCCAAGGAAUUGGCGCGCAUGAUGUUCGUAGCGAUGCGAGAAAGAAAUAUGAGGAAUGCUUUGGUGGAGAAGAAGAAAUAAGUGCACAACUUAGUGUGUUUGCAAACAACAUGAAAGUUGCUUAUGGAGGUUUCAAUGAUGUUCAAGCACAGAUUGGAUUCCCAAGUAGACGAAGGUAUUCUGAGGUAGGUGGUGAUGAAGAGUUACCUCUGAGUGAAGAAUUCCAAGCCCACAUCAAUAUCUUUAUAGAUCACAGUGCCAGAACACCACUAGAAAAAUACAGACUUAGUGAGAAGUUAAUACGGCAGUUAUCGAUAUCAACAAAACUUAUGAAACUGCCGGAAAGAGAAAUGAUUGAACAAUUAGAACUUGACCUUAAAUGUAUGCAACUUUUACGUGGAAUGGUUCACAAUGAAUUAGUUAAACUCCCGGAGCACAUUGAAUAUAAUUCAUCGUCUUGGAAGAAGCAGCUGAAAGUUAUACAGGAUGUUCAAAAUGCAUUGAACCACUAUGGUAGUAUUGCGGGAACGCUCGGACAUUUAGCUCGUACUAAUGACGAUGUUGUACGAGAACUUUUGGCCUUUCUUGUGGCUCUUUUGUUCAACGGCAAUUUCGCUGUACAGACAACAUUGUACGAGUUCUUUUCAUUUGCGAAAGAGGAAACAUUUGUUCUUGCAAUACAGAACAGAAUUAACCUGUCAAUUAUUGCAACAAGGGAAAGACGUGUACUUCAGGCCUUGCGCCAAACUAAGAUAGAAGAAACUCCAGCUCAGGCCAAGGCUUUGAAGAAAGCCAUGAAGAAUGGAUCUUUGGCAGACUUGGCUGUAUCAUCUCUAUCAAGAACACUUAGGCAAUCUAUGGCUUCAGUGAGGAAGUCUGUAACUAUUUUGCCUAGUUCCCACGGAAGUAGGAGACAUUCAAAGGCUAGAGAAAUCGGAAAAAUGAAGCAAGGUUCAGUGGUUGGUUCUGGCAUAAUUCCUGACCUGCAAGUUGAAUCACAUGCAUCAAAUGGUACGAUUUAUACACAGGCGUCCAGUGAUCUGACAUUGAAGGGCAGACAUCCGGAGGCAUGGGGUCCAUCUAGAACAACAUUUAAUAAAGUAGCUCCAGAUACUAAACAUUUCAACCAAAUUGUACUAUCCAUCGAUCAUGAGGUAGCUGUACAAGAAAUCUCUGUUAAAGGAGCCGCUAAAGAAAUUAAAGGCGAGGAUGAUGAGUUAGAAAAUUUGCUAAACGCCGAAAUGCCAGAAUUCAAUUACAAAGAUGAUGGAUGCAUAGAACUCGUUCUAAGGAUUCUCGGGAGCAUGUGUGACAACCAACACACCGGACUACAGAAUUACAUCCGAGAGCAGUCAAAUAACAUAAAGUCUAUAGACCUGGUUGCGGAGACGAUCAAUUUCUUGAAAAUCAUGUAUACCAACAUCAGUGCUGACACCAUUGUCUUGGUCACAGAGAUCUUUGAAACUCUUGUUGAAUUCACAUCGGGAAACAGCACCAACCAGGCUGUUGUGUUUGACAACAAGAUCUGCGACUAUAUAAAUCAUAUUCUGCGUGCUGACGUCUUUAAGGACUGCACAGACAAAGAGGUAUACACACUGAAAAGAGCUAUUGGUUUUUUGGUGCGAUGUUUGACGGUGGAAAACUUUAGUGUUGAGGAUGGACUGAAGGCCAGUUUACCAAAGGAAGUUAUGGAAUUUUUGGACACGACUGUCUUGGUAUCUGUGAUGACAGAUGCCAGAAAGUUGUACGAGCCAAUGAAAGAAGAAGACUUCAAAGCAUUACUACAUACAGUGGGAUUUCAGUAUUACCAUUUACUCGCCAUGAAACUCGAUCUGUUCCCUGAGCUAGACAUGGAUAGCAUAUUGAAGACAGAAGAGCAGAAAGCCGCCUUCAGUUUCUAUAGUGACAAUACGCUCUCCAUUGAAAUUGUGAAGGAUGACAUUAUACAAAAAGUAUACUUUCAAGUUAGAGAUAAGGGAGUUUUGAGAGAAGAAAUUAAAGAAAGGUUCAAAUAUGAGGUUGAUAGAUCUUCUCCAAGCAAUAAAUUACGCGAUUUCAUGGAAUGGGUAAGGGACAUAAUCAAAGAUAUCAAGUACCAGAGGCGUGUUCGUGCAAAUCCAGUUGGAAGAUUUUUUGUAAAUGCUUGGUUGCCACUGAACUAUUUAGUAAUGUUGUGUACGCUGAUAAUAUGUGUUGUUGUCAUGGUAACUUGGGAGGAAGGAGACGGAACUUCGCCAAGAUACAACCCAUCAUUCAGAUUUGCUAAUGCAAAUGUUGUGAUCUAUAUACUUGGCGGUGUACACAACUGUCUGUCCAUAGGGAUAUGCAUUAGUUACAUCAUAUCCAACAGGCCAACAUUUCCAUCUGUUGAAGAUAUUAAGGAAUGGUGGACAGGAAUAGAGGAUAACGAUGACGAGGGUGAAAACUGGAUUGACGCCAAGAAAGAGUCCCAUCUAGAAGUGAAGGCGUUUGAGCUAAAAACAAUCUACUAUCUUCUGUUUGUCGCCUGUUCUAUAGCAGGCACAUUUACAGAUGGGUAUUUCUUUGCCUUCCAUUUACUGCACAUAGCAGAGCUAAACCAUGUGUUGAAGGGAGUCAUUCGGGCUGUAACUACCAAUGGUAAAGCGCUGUUGAUGGUAACCCUUCUUGCUUUGGCGAUAUUUUACAUAUACUCCCUAGUAAUCUUUGCAUUUUAUCGUGGCUGGAUGUGGUCAGCUGAGGACGGGCGACAUUGUCGUACCAUCUACGAGUGUUUCAUAUCAGUGUUACAUCACGGACUAGUUGAUGGUCUCUACUCGCACUUCGAAAGGCAGAUGGGAAGCGAUUUUCCACAAGCUAUCGGAAUAACCUUCAUCGAUGUUUCAUUCUUCGUCAUUAUUACGAUCAUUGGUCUGAACAUUGUCUUAGGUAUCAUUGUCGAUACUUUCUCGCAGCUCAGAGAUUCCAAGUUUGAGAUUGACAAAGAUAUGAGGAGUACAUACUUGAUCUGUAGUCGAGAAAGUUACGACUUUGAGAAAAAAGGAGGGGGUGAAGGGUUUCAGAGGCAUGUAAAACUAGAGCAUAACCAGUGGGCUUACUUGUUUUUCUUCAUACAUCUUGAUGAGACAAGACCAAAUGACUACUCAGCAAUAGAACUUCAUGUUUAUCAACUGAUGAUGAUGAAAAGUUUGGACUUCUUUCCUUUGGGUCGAGCACUCAGUUUGGAGAAUGAGGAAGAUAGCAAAGAUAAAAAGCUGGAUGAACUGCAGCUUCAAGUAAAUUUUGUUGUUGCCAAACUGAAGGAACAGGAAGUUUAUAUGAUGAAGGAGAAGGAAAAACAGAAACAGCAAGAGUGGGCGAGAACACAUAAGGCAUGAAAAGAAGCGGUACUGUAUUUGUUGUAGUGAUAUUAUCAUCUCUGCGAUCGGUAAGAUCAAAAGCCUGCUAGAGUCAACAACAGUUCUUCACAAAUGAAAUUGCUUAGGCAGCGGUAAGAACAAAAGCCUGCAAGAGUCAGCAACACUUCUGCUUUGGAAGCGGUAUUCUGGUCGAUUCAGUUAGCUUCAACAUUUUUUCAAGAAAUUAACUUUAUAUUAUUUCAACAACAUUUAAAGCACAUUUACCGUUAAUCUCGAGAAUAUUAUGGAAGUUGAAACAUUGUUCAUUGUGAUAUCCCAUAAAUAGCCGUUCAAUAUAUUGGCAUGCAUUUCAGCAGUGUCUGCAAACACAGAGCACUAUUACUAUAACUGGCACAUGAAAGUAAAAUUGGUUCUAAAGUGCAGAAUUUAAGAAACAAUGAUGUACACACUGUGAAUGCGUGUUUUCUACGUUUAAGAAGUCAUUUAUAGGGGGUUUAUUACUAAUUUACGGGGAGUCUAUGGAAUCCUUUCGUCCUGUGCUUCUAUACGCUUACCCACUCAUCAGUGCGUCCCCUUAAAACUUUUGUUGUAACCUUAACUCCACUAAAGGGGGUUAAGUGUAACUUUACAAAUUACAAAAUGAAAGGCAAGAAGAGAAAUGUGAAGAGCAGAACUGUAACUCUUCCUUUCAUAUAUAUAGUUUAACACGUGUCUUUAGAUUGAACAUGAUAGGACAAAGUGAGUAUUCUAGUAGUUUAUUACCAUCAGACAAAUAUUCCAAACAAGAACCUUUUGUCGAUAGCUUUGGCUUUCGUUUUUAUAACAGAUAUAAAUCUGGGUAGAGCUUAUAAAAGUGUAUGUAUUUUACGAAAGAAUGGGCAUAUUAGCCUAUAAAUAUCGACUGCUGUUUUUUCUGUUUUUUGUUGUUGUUUUUUGUUUUUCUUUUUUUUUUUCUUUUCUUUUUUUUUGUUUUAUUGUUUUUUUUUCUAGAGUUCAUAUUCAAUCAAAAGGGCAACGAAACUGGAAGGCACUGAUCGAAUAUGACAUUUGUACGCAACUGAUGUUAUAUUAAAAUAAAAGGACUGCGAGGUAUCAACAAUAUUGUUUGUUGUUUAUAUAGCACAGUUGAUUGUAUGUUGCAAUGUACAGCACCACUUCGACUUUGAACUUAUAACGACAAUCACCGGUACAACACCAAACAUAAAUUUCAACUUAUGGUGGCUACUUCUUCAUUUUAAAUAUUCAUUAAAUAUUUACAAAAACAUAUAACGAUUAAAUGAUCACAGAAAAGUAUAUCUGUUUUUGUGGUUUCAUUUUGUCUAUAAUUAUUAAUUUUUUGUUUGUAUGCUGUUUUUCUUUUAGAAUCAUUUUCAAUUUUUAUAAUUUAACAUGUUAUGAUAUGAUGUGAUGCUGUUAGGUUCUGACAUGUCAAACAAAAGUUUCGAACACAGUUGCCUUUUCUAAGCUUGUGUUUUGGUGUACGUAUUGGUAAGAUAAUAUAUGUAGUUUUAUCACAAUUUCAGGCAUGAAGAUAUUUUCCAGGAAUACAUGAUCGGAGUUAAGAUCUCCUUCAGAAAAGAAUAUAAUAAAUGGCAGAGAAAAUCAUAAUAUUCAUUUUUUCUGCAAUGCAAUUUUAUGCAAAUUCGUUGCCAUUAUAUGGUAAACAAUCAGCGAUUUAAUACGUUUUAAACGGAAUGGAAACAACAUUUACCUAAGGUAGCGGACCUGUAAUAACAAUCAAAGAAAAACAAUUUGUCAUAGCGGGUCAGCAACCUUAAAUUACAGUUUCUACACUCUUCAGUUCAUAUCCAUGUAUGUGUUUGACUUAAAUUUGUUGUUGUAGUUAUUCGCAUUUUAUGUACACUAUAUAAUAAAAAUAAUACCUAUG